CUCCCUCCAUCAGCCUCUUCCCUCGGUUCACUUUACUGGGUUUUAACAGGGGGGGCUCUGUUAUCAGCGAGCUUGGCGCCCGGGACUUUUUUCGGGAUAUGUACCAAUAACUCCUAACCGGAUAGGCCUCCGCAAAACGACACAACAAAAGCACGCAGGCAAAACUUUGAGGCGCUUAACUGAGUUGAACCUCUUGCUGCAUUUGAGCCAGAAUUCAAAACUAUCAACACUGAAAACAUGCGGAGAUGUCGAGCGGAGCGCAGCUACCGAUAGGAUCCCGAAGUUGGGACCUUUAUGUCAAGCAAUGAGAGGCUAACAAUGCUGUAGAUUUUGCUGGAGAUUCCUGACCAUUUCGUCUUCGUGGCACAUAUUGCACCCCAUCUCUUCUUCUCACAAACCAUCUUCAUCAUCCCACACCCGAAGCCAUCAUGACGACCUCUUCUUUACGGCGGCAGAUGAAGAACAUUGUGAACAACUACACGGAUGCAGAGAUCAAAGUCAGGGAGGCGACCUCCAACGACCCGUGGGGUCCUCCGAGCUCGCUCUUGAUGGAAAUCGCAGACCUGACCUUCAACGUGGUGGCCUUCACCGAGGUUAUGGGCAUCAUCUGGAAGAGGCUCAACGACCACGGCAAGAACUGGCGGCACGUGUACAAGGCCCUCACUCUGCUGGACUAUCUGAUCAAGUCAGGAUCAGAGCGAGUGGCUCAGCAGUGCAAAGAAAACAUCUACGCCAUCCAGACUCUCCGGGAUUUCCAGUACAUCGACCGGGAAGGGCAGGACCAGGGCAUGGGUGUGCGGGAAAAGUCCAAGCAGCUGGUGGCUCUGCUCAGGGACGAUGAGCGCCUCAAACAGGAGAGAUCGCAGGCGCACAAGACCCGUGAGCGGGUGACGGGAACCAGCAGUGCCAUGGGUUAUGGAUCUUUACCACCUCCCUAUCCAGGACGUCACACCGGUCAGCCCAACGUGGAAGUGUAUGGGGAAGAGCAUAGCAGGGUGAGGCACUCGCCCUCCUCCUUCAACUCCUCCUCUUCCUCCCCUCAUCUGGCCCCAGAUCUGGAGCGAGCACGGCCGCAGACGAGCGGAGAGGAGGAACUCCAGCUGCAGCUGGCCUUGGCCAUGAGCCGAGAGGAGAGCGAGAAGCCUGCUCCAGCUGUUGAUAUUGAUGAACAGACUCAGCUUCAGAUCGCAAUGAGUCUCAGUAAGGAGGAGGCGCACAAGGUACUGCAACCCCACGAGUCACUGCCAGCUCCUCCUCCCGCUGCUGCUCUGGAUAUGGAUGAAGAGGCACAACUUCAGCUGGCCCUCACUCUCAGUAAAGAGGAACAUCAGCAGGAGGAGCGAAGUCGGCAGGGAGACGAGUCGUUGCUCCAGAAAGCACUCGAGGAGAGCAAACGAGAAAUGGAGGCCAAAGGAGGAAGAUCUGCCAUGUUGGAUCUUGCAGAUAUUUUUGCUCCAGCUCCUGAUGUGCCCUCUGCUGCCAAUACUUGGGAUUCAUCUGGAGGCCAUAGCGGCUUAGCCCAGGCUGGUCCUCUGAGGUCCGACCCCUGGGAUAGUCUAGGAGAGCCCAGCUCUUUAAGCCGCCAACAUGGAGGCUCAUGGAUGGCACCACCGGCAUCAAGCGUUCGUUCCCAGCCUUGGGCACAGCGACAGCCACAUCCUGACCCAUGGGACGCUCCUCAGAACGCCUCAAGCCCUGUGAUCAUGAAUCAGACCUGGAUCUCCCCCGCACGAGGAACUGGAGUGGAUCCAUUUUCUCCUGUAGUAGCAGACAGACAAGGAUCUAUAGGCCCUCUCAAAACUCCAUCCCCUCGGGCAGGAAGUCCCUCAGAUGACGAUCUUUUUGAUGAGGCUAUGGAUGGAGGUCAGGCAAAUAUAAAUGGUCACCGUAGUCCUGAGCCUUUUGAUAUGUCUUCCUUUGGCGAAGGUCUACCAAAAACAGGUCCUCGAACCUGCAGUACUCCAGAGGCCUUUCUGGGUCCCACCGGAGCUUCACUCGUCAACCUGGAUUCUUUGAUUCCCUCCAACCCUCCUUCCAAGAACUUCAACCCGUUUUUAUCAGGAAUACCUGCUCCAUCGGCCUCUAAUCCAUUCCAACAGGAAGCGCCCCGUCUCACACUAAAUCAGAUGCGUCCCAGCUCUACAUCUCCUGUACCCACAUCCCUCCCAUUUAACGCCUCUCUACCCAUGGCUGCCAGCAACCAGCCCAGCUCUCUGCCUACUACCUUCACACAGACCGCGCAGGUCCCGCCGCUGAUCCCCGGAAACCUGCCGCAGCCGCUGCUACCCCUGUCAACGACAUCCACGCUUGGAGACCCAGACCAACACAAUCAAAACCCGUUCCUCUAAGCAGAUCCAAACAAGCUUUUGAAAUGACAAUUUAACCACCAACUUGACUUAAAACUGGAAUACACUUUUUUAAUGCCUUCGCUCCUUUCAAAGCUUCCUGAUUUUGCUCUAUGCAGUCACUCUUAAGAGGCGUUCACUCAUACAGUGGUUUCCAGUGACAGAAAUUGUUCAUUUUCAGCAAUGGUGACCAAUGGUUGGUCAUUUCAAAAGUUGAGAAAAGUUCAAUAUUAUGCAAAAGAGAAGUCAUGUAAUGUGGAGACCAGUAGACACUGGUGCAUAUGAUCCAUCUCAUAUGAGAUACUGUAGUUGAGUUUUGGUAAGAUAGAUAAGUUUGUUAAGACCCACCAAACCAACAUCAAAGAACUAGUGGCAACAAAAACCAACUGUCUGUGAAAUCGAGAAGACACACCAAGCCAAUGUCACAGAACUAGCAGUGGCGAAAAGCAACUGUGGUGUUGCCUAGAGUCGCCUGCGUCUGGACCAAAAUUUGCAUUUGAACGCAUUACUAAGUAUCUCCAGACCAGCAGGUGGCAGUAGUUUGUAUUCAUCAUUCAAAAAUGGAAACUGGAAUAGCUAUGACUGUUACUAUACAAAUCGUAAACAAAGCCUUCUGUACGUAGAGUAAGACUUUGCCGCUUUUUUCGUCACGCCGUUUUUACCUCAUACAUUAUUUUGCUAAGCCAAUAGCUUGCAAAUAGUCAAAAUCAGUCAACGCCGGAAAAUCUGCUGACUAGUCAAGUCAAAUUUAUUUAUUUAGCGCUAUAUUGUUUCAAAGCAGAUUCACUCUAAUAAACAGAUAUAUGUCUUACUAGGUGCGUUUCCAUUACAGAUUUGUGCAAAACGUUGAUAAAAAACAAUUGCAAAAUGAGCGUUUCCAUUAACCGAUGUUAUGUGACUAAAACUGUCAUUUUUUCCUCUCGCAAUAAGUCAUGACGACAGAUGUUGGUAGGUUUAUGUACAUCGCAGCUUCCGCACUAGCCAUUAUUUUUAAUCGAAGUAGACGCAGAAGUGUAUCUUUAACAAAGCAGUGCGGAGAGCCACUUCUGGUGCGCUUAUGAAACGACAUCAAAGAGCUAGUGGCGACAAAAACCAAUUGUCUGUGAAAUGGAGAAGUCUGUUAAGAUUCAGACACACCAAAUCGAUGUGAAAGAACUAGCAGCGACAAAAAACAACUGUUGCGUUGCCUCCGUCUGGACCAAAAAUUUGCGCUUGAACGCAUUACUAAGUUUCUCCAGACCAGCAGGUGGCAGUAGUCUGUCCUCAUAAUUCAUCGUUUUCUAAGCCAACAGCAUGCACAUAGCCAAAAUCAGUCAACACUGGAAAAUCUGCUGAUUAGUCUAGUCAAAUUUAUUAAUACAGUGCUAUAUUGUCUCAAAGCAGCUUCAUGCUAAUAAACAGAGAUUUAAGUCUCACUAGGUGCGUUCCCAUUACAGAUUUGCGCAAAACUUUUGCGAUAUUUUAUAAUGUUGAUAAAAAACUAUUGCGAAAUUAUGUCGUUUCCAUUAACCAAUGUUAUGCGACUAAAACGUCAUUUAUUCCUCUAGCAAUAAGUCAUGACAACCGAUGUUGGUAGGUUAAUGUAUAGAUCCAGACACACCAAAUCGAUGUGAAAGAACUAGCAGCGGCAAAAAACAACUGUUGCAUAGCCUACGUCCAAGUCAAAAAAAAUUGCGCUUGAAUGCAUUACUAUAGUAUCUCCAGACCAGCAGGUGGCAGUUGUAUUCAUCAUUCAAAAAUGGAAACUGGAAGAGCUACAACUGUUAAUAUACAAGCUGUAAACAAAGCCUUUUGUAUGUGCCCUUCUAACUUUAUCAUUUGCUUGCCUUUGCCACUUUUAUUUUUUUCUUGUGCAUUAGUUUGCUAAGCCAAUAACGUGCAAAUAGCCAAAAUCUGUCAACACUGGAGAAUCUGCUGACUAGUCAAGUCAAAUUUAUUUAUACAGCUCUAUAUUAUUUCAAAGCAGCUUCACACUAAUAAACAGAUAUGUAAGUCUUACUAGGGGCCAGAUUUACUAAACAGGACAAAUUAGUGUUAGAGUGCAAUUCCAUAGAAGCGCAGAAGGAAAGGGGAAAAUUCUGUGUGUGAUUUACUGACAAUGCGCACAGCCAGAUAAUUUUCAUAAUGAUCAGUGGCAUCUACCAAGAGCAGCUCAAAUUAGCAGCUGCUUUAAAACAUGCUUUAAAUAAUGGCGCAAACACCAGUACUUUGACGAGCGCAAAUGUUACAAAAUUAUGAAUUCUACUCCAACAAAUGCAUAUUCAGCAAGUUCAGGCACAAAAAUAACUGUGUCCAUGCCUUUUUCAGGGCUAAUUCUUCACUGUGCGUCUUUAGUAAAUCUGACAGUACUACUUUAAAACCAAGAGACAGUUUGUGCUGGUGCAUUUCAAAUUACAGAUUUGUGCAAAACAAUUGCAGUAGUUUAUAAAUGUCAAUUAAAAACUAAUGCGAAAUUACGCAUUUCCAUCAACCAAAGUUAUGCAACUAAAACGUAAUUUUUUCCUCUCGCGAUAAAUCGUGAUGACCAAUGUUGGUAGGGUUAUGUAUAUCGCAGCCAGUGCACUAAUUGUGCUUGUGCAAUGCAUUAUGGGAUUGAAAGCGUUGAGAGCGGCCAAGAACAUCAAAAAGGUUGGGCAUUCCUCGACUAUGCAAAUAUUGAGCGAAAAAUGCCGGGUGACAACCAAUCGCUGUGAAAAAAUAGGCAAGGCAAGAUUUUAACGUAUGUUUACGAGUGUUUGCUGAACCGUUGGAUUACUGAUCUGAAAAUCACGUGUCAUUUAAAAAGUCAUGUUUUAUUUAGGCCUGUCUCUAUAGGCUACGUUUCAUCAUUUUGAAUUUUAGUUUGUACCUAGAUGGCACCAAUAAAGUGUUCAGUUGCAAACCCCCGUUAAAAAAAGAUGAAACGCCAACAGGGUGUAAACAUUGUUUUCAGAAGCGUGCUCUGGCCUAAAUUUAACACGUCCCAAAGCAGUGGCGUUGUAGCAGUGUCAGCAGCACUGAGCACAGAUUUGACACUGGAGUGGAAACGCAUUGUUAUACUUGUGAGCGUCUAUUUAUGAGGUGUUUUUUGGAAGUUAUAGUGCACUAAAGAAUGAUCAUGUGACUUUUACGUACAGCAGUGGGGUUUAAAUGUGAAAAAAAAAAAAAACCUGUUUCCAUUUCAGUUUUUGGAAAUAUUCUGAGUGUAAAAAGUGUUUUUUUUUUUUUUUUUUUUUUGCGAUAUAUGGGAUUUUUUGCAAAAUUGAUGUGUUUUAUUUGGGCACAUUAUUAACAGUUUCUGUGUGCAAUUUGAAGGGUAAUGGAAAUGCAGCUAUAGUUGUAAAAUUUGUCAGUCUGAAAAUGUAUUUCAGCUCUUAAGCUGCCUUACAGUGGACAACAGUGUCAUUAUUCAGCUCCAUUUAGUUCAUUUUUAGUUCAACAAUGCAGAACACAUCACAAAAACUAGGCCGAUAGCUGUUCAACGACGACCUGACAUUGGACGUUGGCUUGGUGUGUCACAGCCUUUAAGGCACUGUUAUACUUCAAACUGGAAUCAAACGAUGAAUUAUUAUAACACCAUUUCAAACAAAAGCACGUUAAAACAAAGAGUUCGAGUUUUGGGAGUUCAAAACAGCUAGCCAAAGCAAACUUUCUUGAAAAGUUCAGUCCAGCUAGUAAACACCUUUGAACUACCAUUGGUCCAUGGUGAUUAUGUAAUAAGUGGGUGUGGCUCUGUGGCCCCGCCUCCUUUGACAUUGAAAUCUUCUCUUGUUCAUUUCUUCAGUUCAGAUGUCCAUUCCUAAAAUCUGCUUAAUGGCAGAUAUUGAGUUUUGAGAAAAUCUGCAGCACAUAUUUGCAUAUUCAUCUAAACGCGCUCCCAGCAGGGUGGGCGGCAUAAGGAUGUUCCCUAGCAAUAUACCACUGCUCAGGUAUUUCUGUUAAACUAUUUACUGAUUCUACAUUUGCGAUCAGAUUUGGCCAGUUAUGCAGCUCAUCAAUAACAUCCAGCAAUAAGAACAUCCACAACAACCUCCAGUCAUGUGAUCACUGUAUGUGUGAACGCCCUCCAACUAUAAUCAUAUGUGUGAAUGUCAACUAUGCAUUACAUGUCGAUACAGAAUGAUGCUGGCUUUAUAAGAAAUGACAAAUAAAUGGCACAAUUUAAAGGUUAAGCAUAUUUAAUCCAACUCCCGCAGCGUCAGCGUCACCUUUUAAGUAUUAUAAUAGUUUUGGAAAGGAUAACGCACUUGUUACUCGUACCAUGAAACCUAGUACAUAACCAAGCACAAGUCCAAAGCCCCUCGUACAUUUUUAUCAUAUUCUCUGAUUUCCUGCACCAAUUUCUAGCUUUGCUUUAGUGUCCCUUUAUUAGUCUGGAGUAUCUGAUGACUUUCAAUGCUGUCCUUUUAUUUACUUGACAUGACUGGCAUCUGUGAACAGCCAAUCACAUCGUGAUGGGUCACUCACACCAGUAUGACAGAUAAAAGUGACGUAAGAUUUUGGGGCCAAUAAUUUAAGUAUAAAUAAUGAUUUUGUAAUAUUGGGCAUUGACUGUUGAAUGAAUAGUCCUCCAGCAAGAGAAUGUACUUACCGUGGUGUUCAGAUUGAAUUGAUGCCACAUACUAACAGAAUGUAAGAAUGUGAGACUGUUGCACAUGUUGCUCAUCAAAUACAAGGAUGGAACUGAA